AUGGCGGCUCUUGAAGAGCACAAUAGUUUAAGUAAUUUUUUGAACAGCCAAAACUCUAAUAUCAAUACUGAUAUCAAUCAAGCAUCAAGUGAUGAUGAAGAUUUGGUAAGGCUUGUAAAAAAGCCAAAUAAACGCUUAACUAGCGGGUCAACUACAAGUGAUGAUGAUGUUGACCAAACAACACACUCGUCUGAAAUCAUUAAAAACACAGUAUCUGGAAACCGAAAAUCAAGAAUCCGGAAUCGAAGAUGUAGUUCAAGUACCUCAAGUGAUAAUGACACUGCUAGUUCUAAAUUACCGACACGAAACAAGAAAAAGAAACUCAGCGAGAAAUUCAGUAAAUUAAAGUCGAAAAAUAAAUUAUCUAUCAGAAACAGUACAGGAAGUGAUGACGAAAAUGAAUCUUUUACUGAGACAAAAGAGAAUAUUGUUUUAGCUAAGACCAAUAUUGCUUUAUCCGUUUGUGAACCAGAUGAAUCUGAUGAUGAGGAGAAUAGUAUUAACCACAUAAAGAAAAUAAUUGGUUCAAAAUCAACACUUCCCACUGUGAAGUCUAAGCCUAUGUCAGCCAGAGAAGCUAUGGAAAAUAUGCAAAAAAUUAAAAGUGAGUCUAAUCGCAUGUUAAGAGAAAAGGAGGUUUCACUGCCUUAUCAUAGGCCUAAAGCAUUAUCUCUAAAAGAUAUUAUGAGUAGACGGAGACCUGCUGUAUCCAGCGAUGGCAAGACGUUGCCUAUUAAAAUGAAUGAGGAACAGUUAAAACAAUAUGCCAUGAUGUUAGAAGAAAGACAAAAAGAAAUGAUGGAGUUAUGUAAAAGUGAUACAGAUGAAGAUAACAAUGAAUUAAAUGAAAGUGAGGUGCAAAGUACCUCAGAAGCAAUCAAUAUAGAAAACAAAUUAGGAGAAAGUAAAAGUGAUGAAGGGCUUGCUAAAGCAAAUGAUGUAAGUUUUGAUGAGAUUGCUAAAGAUAGUACCAGUAAAGCUAGUGAUGAUAUUGCUAAUGAUAGUACCAGUAAAGCAUGUGAUGAGAUUGCUAAAGAUAGUACCAGUAAAGCUAGUGAUGAGGAUACUGAAAGUUUACCAAACUCUGAAAGUAUGGAAAAGUUUAUUAAUAAUGGUCAACAAAUAUUAGAAAACUCUAAUGAUUCACAAGCCAUAACUGAUGAUGACAUUGAUAUAACUUUUGACAAAACAAAUUACCAAUCCAUUAAUGUUGAUAAUGAUCAAAAACAAAAAGAAGUUACUCCGUUUGAAAGUGAGACUAUAGAACAUGACGUAUUAUCCAACUCUACUGGAAAUACUAAAAUAAAUGAUCAAGUUGAAACAAUUAAAGACUAUGAAGCUUUAAAUUUAAGUGAUCACAAUAUAGAUGCAGAAAAAAACAAGGAUGUGGAAAGCUUAUGUACUAAAAGUAAAGCUAUUUCAAAAGAGCAAAAUAUAGAAACAUUUUCAGAUGGUGAAAUCGAUUAUGAUGACCUAGAUGCUAUUAUUGAAAAUGCAGAAUUGUCUUCAGAUACAAGUAAUAAUAUCAAAAACAUUAGUAACAAAAUACCUAAAUUAACUGGUGCUGCAGGUAUGGUUAUAAGUUUAGAUGAUGAAGAACCAAUAUUAAAACCAAGUGGUGUGGAAUUAUUAAAAGAAAGAUUUACAUACUUUGCCAAGCUUCAAAAUCAGGAAGAUAUCAAAAAGGAUAGGGAGAAAAUGUAUAAGCCUGGCACUCAACAUAUAAAAUUGAAACAAAAGCUAGAAGAAGAAAUAGCUGAACAAAGAUCGAUGGAGUGGGCAAAACGUCUUGAGGAAGAAAAAAUAUUAAAGUCGGAAGAAAAAGCAAUUUUGGGAGAUGAUUCUAUGGAGGAUAUAGAUAAAAUUGAAGCCAAACUAGAAGAAUUAAAUAAAGAAAUGAGUAUAGACGACAAUGAUGAUGGUGAGUGUGACGAAGAUUUGAUUGAAGAUGAUAUUGAUAUGACAGAUAAACAAAAACAACGAAAUCCAAUGAUUGAAGACGAGGCAGAAGAAUCUGAAGAUGAUGUAGAUAAUGCUGAUGACAAUGCAAAAGAUAGUGCUGAACGCGAUGACGAAAACGAUGCGAAUGUUGCUGAUGAUGAAGACGACGAUGCUGUUGAUGAUGAAGAGAGUGAAACUGAGAGCUCUGAAUCAGAAAACGAAGAUGAACAGCGUAAACCGAAAAAGGGUAGAAUAUUAAAGGCGUUUGUCGAUUCUGAUGAUGAAGAGGUCCUAGAAAAUAAGACUGAGGAUGGUGAUGAUGAUUCUAAAAUAACUUCAACAGAAACUGCCGUUACCCUUACUCAAGAUAAGAUAACUCAAGAUGAAGAAUUACAACUAGCGCAAGCAAAUAAAUCAUUGUCCGAAGACAUAUUUGCUAGUCAAGACUCAACAUGUCCAGUGGUAACAAUUAACAACAACAGCGAGGGAAUGACAAGUGGGGAACUAGGCACAUUUUCAAUACUUACAGAUAGAGAUUUACCUAACAAAGAUCUAAAAUCUGGUACUUCAGACCUCGGACAGAGUGAUGCCAGUUUAACACAAAUAGCUGGAACUUUUACACAAAAUAUAGUUUUACCCACGCAGAAAUCUCAAGAUUCGCAUUCUUUAGAAUUCGGUGAUGAUAUAGCAGCACUUUGUACUGGAAAAUUCUAUGAAAACCAGUUUAUUUCACAAACUACCGAUGAAGGAUUACAAGCUUCUAACAUAGAUAAUGAAGAUGUACCUCUUGAAAUUAUUAAAGUUAAGGAAACCGAUACAGAUAUAAAUGAAAAAAACCCUGACAAAGUAAAUUCAAGCAAAAGCAAUAAUUUGAUUCUGCAAACAGACAAACAGACAGAAAAUGUAGAUAAAAGUAAAAAGAUUGCAGAUACUGUUUUAUUGAAAUCUAUCUUAGACGAAUUAGACGAUCCAGAAUUUGAUAAACCCAAACAAAACAAAUUCUUCACACCACCUUCUGAGAAUACUAAAAAGAUGGUGAUUGACUCAGAUGAUGAUAUGACUGAUGAUUUAAAACAAAAAAGUAAAAAGAAAAAGAAGAAACGCCCAGAAACUCGAGCUUUACAAAUUUCUGAUGACGAAGAUGAAAUGCAAACAGACGAUGAAGAUUCAGAUAGAAAUGAUGACCAUGAUGAUGAAGGUGUCGAAAAAGUUUAUGAAUAUGACUCAGAGGAAAAUGAAGUAGAAGUACUCGAUAAGCCUAAGAAGAAGAAAAGAAUAGGUGAAUUCUUCGAAAACGAAGCUGAGUUAACAUCAGAGGAUGAGUGGGCCGGCUCUGGAGACGAGGACGAAGCAGGUCUGGAUAGAAUGGAACGGGAGGAGGGAGACGACGAAGUUUUCCACCAGGGGAAACUGCAGAGGGAGUUGGGGCAAAUACAUAUGCGCGAAGUUCUAGAUCAAGACAAACGAGAAGUGCGCCUCAUACAGGAGUUACUGUUUGAAGAUGCUGAUUUAGGCGAUGGGCACAGGCAGAGGAAAUUUCGAUGGAAGAAUAUAGAUGGAGAAGAUGAAUCUGGUACAGUACCAGAUGAACUCGAUACGCAAGAAGAGGAGUUUGAAUCCGAGGAGAUGUGGCGAAAACAGAGACACGAAAGGGAAAUGUUUUUAAGGAAAAUGCAAGAAAACGACGAAGACCUCAACACGAGUAUAAACAGAAGUGCGAUUAUAAAGGCGAAUCUGUCAUCGAGAACAAUGUCAAACCUAAUAGCAGAAAGCGCGCAAAAUGCGGAAAAGGAUGCUUCAGUGCCUGAAAAGAAAACCGCUAAAGAAAUACCUAGUCCUAAGAAGACAUUCGCUAUUCUUGGGAACAACUAUCAUGGCUCCUAUCUAACGCGUGGACGUGGGACUUUGGCCCGCCUUGCGGCGUUGGCUACUCCUCUAGUGGCAGACGAUGACGUUCCCAAAAUCCUCGCUUCAGCGCGAGGCAACUUCGUAUUCACAGCUCGUAGUGAUGAGGAGCCUAAGGUUAAGAAACGAAAAGCCGAAGCCAACGUAAACACACCUCCGUUAAUAAAAAAAAUGAGGACAAAAGAACACAAAGCAAGCUUAUUCGAUCGCCUUCGUGACUGA